AGGCCACAUCCCCAGCCCCACGGAGAGCCCCGUUUUACUGAGGUUGAAGGCUGCUGGGGCCGACUGGCCUGGAGCGCACUCGCGCCACGCCGCGCCCCCUCUGGUGACCACGUGGGUUCCCCUUGGGGGAAGCCCGGCCGCCCCGCCCCUCGCCGCCGUGGCCAAUGGGAGGCCGGGGCGCCGCCCCUGGGCCGCUCCCUCCCGGGCAGGUCCCGGGCAGAGCGGAGACGAGCGGAGCGCCCGAGGAGCCGGCGGGAGCGGAGCCGCACUCUCCUGCGCGCCCCGCCAUGGGCGGCGCCUCCGGCCCCAGCACUCGCGGGUGAGUGGAGCUGGGGUCCCCGCCAUGGCCCGGCUGCUGCCGCUGGGCGCCCUGCUGUGCGCGCUGCGCGCGGGCCCCGGCGCCGCGGACCCCGAGCCCCUCCCGCCGCGGGCGCCCCACCACUGCCCCGCUCGCUGCGUGUGCGCCGCGGACGUGCUGAGCUGCGCCGGCCUCGGGCUGGGGGACCCGCCGGCCGCGCUCCCUCCCGCCGCCGCCGACCUCGACCUGAGCCACAACGCGCUCCGGCGGCUGCGGCCCGGCUGGCUGGCCCCGCUCCCGCGGCUGCGCGCCCUGCGCCUGGGCCACAACCGGCUGGACGCCCUGGGGCGCCGCGUCUUCGCCAACGCCAGCGGCCUGGCGCUGCUGGACCUGUCCUCCAACGCGCUGCACGCGCUCGGCCGCCACGACCUGGACGGGCUGGGCGCGCUGGAGCGGCUGCUGCUCUUCAACAACUGCCUGGCGCAGCUGGACGCGCGCAGCUUCCACGGCCUGCCCGCGCUGCGCCACCUCUACCUGGGCGCCAACCGCCUGGCCGCCUUCUCCUUCCUGCACCUGCACGGCCUGGGCGCGGCGCACCUGCGCACGCUCGACCUGUCCUCCAACCGCCUGGGCCCCGUCUCCGUGCCCGCGCUGGCCGCGCUGCCCACCUUCCUCAAGAACGGCCUCUACCUGCACGACAACCCGCUGCCCUGCGACUGCCGCCUGCUCCGCCUGCUGCAGCGCUGGCACCAGCGCGGCCUGGCCGCCGUGCGCGACUUCGCGCGCCACUACACCUGCCGCGCCUUCCCCGUGCCCGGCGCGCGCGUGCGCUUCCUCGAGCACCGCCGCCUCCUCGACAACUGCUCGGCGGCCGCGGCGCCGGGCCCCGAGCGGCCCGAGGAGCAGCUGGCGGCGCAGGUGGGCCGCCCCCUGCGGCUGCGCUGCAACGCCAGCGCCCCGGCCGCGCGCGUCGCCUGGGUGUCGCCGCAGCACGAGCUGCUGGUGGCCCCCGGGUCCCGCGACGGCAGCAUCGCGGUGCGGGCCGACGGCAGCCUGGCCAUCGCCAGCGUGCAGCCGCGCCACGCGGGCGUCUUCGCGUGCCUGGCCGCGGGGCCCCGCCUGCCCCACGGCCAGGCGCUCGAGUACAACGUGAGCGUGCACUUCCCGCGCCCCGCGCCCGAGGCCUUCAACACCGGCUUCACCACGCUGCUGGGCUGCGCCGUGGGCCUGGCGCUGGUGCUGCUCUACCUGUUCGCGCCGCCCUGCCGGGGCCGCUGCCGCCCGUGCCGCCGCCCGUGCCGGGGCCGCUGCCCCCCGUGCGGCCGCCGCCGCGGGCCCCGCAGCCCCAGCCCGCUGCGGGAGCUGAGCGCGCAGUCGCAGUCCUCGGUGCUCAGCGCCACGCCCCCCGACGCGCCCCGCAAGGCCGGCGCCCCCAAGCACGUGGUCUUCCUGGAGCCCGGCCGCGGGGGCCGCGGGGGCCGCGGGGGCCUGGGCGGGCGCGUGCAGCUCGCCGUGGCCGAGGACUUCGACCUCUGCCCCGCCGCGGGCCUGCCGCUCCGCGCGGGCUCCGAGACCGCCAGCUCCACGGGCUCCGACGGGCCCCUGACCACGCAGUCGGCCUGA